AUGUCUAUCGGCUUUGCUGCGGCGGCCGUUGGGGUUGAGACAUGGGGAGACAUCACCUAUCCCGCCCAAACCAGUGGCGUAGUCGGCCUCAAACCCACUGUCGGUCUGGUUCCUCGCACUGGCAUUGUGCCGGUCUCGUCCUUCAAGGAUACCGUGGGUCCCAUCACCAGGACUGUGAAAGACGCAGCUAUAAUUUUGUCGGCCAUCGCCGGCCGGUGCUUCUAUGACCCCGCAACCAUCCCUAUCCCAUUCGAGACGGUCCCCGACUACGUCGCCGCUUGUAAACCCGAUUCCCUUCGAGGGGCGCGGAUUGCAGUGAGUCUCACGCCGAAUCAUAUCAUGAAGGCAAUAGAUGCCGCUCUUCAAGUCAUGGAGUCAGCAGGCGCCGAAAUUAUUCGGGACUACGACCUCGUGGGCUGGAACUACGGUGUCUCCAAGAGAGCGAAAAUGCCCGAUAAUGUAAUGCUGAGAGAAGGACUGGAAUCAUACCUCCGUACUCUCGCCACAAAUCCGCACGGCAUAUACACCAUGGCCGACUUGGUCAACUUCACGGCGGUGACGCCGGCGGAAAACGCGAUGGACUACGGCCUGGAAGGCUUCGUCGCAGCGCGAGACGAGCCGCACAACAGUUCCUCCCCGGAAUUCCAAGCCGAAGUGCACCGCAUGCUGGAGCAGGGAAGCGCCAUCGCAAAGAUGCUGAACACGGCGAACUGCGACGCCCUCGUUGUGCCGACCAUGGCCGACAUCCCCUCCGACCUGGGACAAAACCCCGUCAUCGCCGUUCCGCUCGGCUUCCGCCCGCUCACGACCAGGGCAUUGCGCAGCAGCCGCAUGGUGCCCAAGGACCGCGCAAGCCAAAUGAUAGGCAAAGGGCCCAACUCACCUUUCUCGUUGAGCUUCGUGGGGAGGAGAUUCAGCGAGGAGAAGCUGAUCGGUCUGGCCUAUGCCUUUGAACAGAAGACCAAUGUCCUGGCAAAGAGUCGGCCUUGUCUGCGGUCGAGUGUGCCUAUCCUGUCGGGACCGUGUCCCUCCUGUCGGGGGCGUAUCGGUCGUUUCAAGACCGGGGCUGAGAAAGAACAGGGGGCCCGAGGGUCGGGUAGCAAAUGA